AUGUCACGGCACCACAGCCGGUUUGAAAGAGAUUAUCGGGCUGGGUGGGAUCGCCGGGAUUGGAGCUCCAACGGCAAUCAUGUCAGCAGCACCAACUGCAGCAACGCCGCGAGCACCAACAGCAACAACCGCCCCGGGCUGCUGCCCCUGCCCAUCGUCCCCUCCCGGCUCCCCACCCCGGCCACCGCCGCUUGCACCACUGUCAACAGCGAUGUGAUCACAAGCCUGGUGGCCAACUCGUCUCCAGCUUCAACUACCAAAGCACCUUGCAUUUCCAAGACUGAAAAUCAGCCUCAAGGGCUUGCAACGAGCGUCAGGUGGGGACAGACACCCAUCAAUCAGUCCACGCCCUGGGACACUGAUGAGCCUCCAUCUAAACAGAUGAGGGAGAAUGAAAACCCAGGUGCAGCGCCCUGGGUCACCACGGUGGCGGCAGGCAGCCAGCCCGCCCUGAUCACGCACUCCUACGGGAUGACGCAGCCUCCCACCUUCAGCCCGGCCGCCAACGUCCAGGCCCCCGUCAUCGGUGUCACGCCCUCCCUCCCUCCGCACGUCACCCCCCAGCUCCCGCUGAUGCCGGCCCACUACCAGCUCCAGCCGCAGCCCUCCCAGCCCCUCAGCAACAUGGUGGUCAACCUCCAGAGCCAGCCCUUGUACACCAACAGCCAGCCCCUCAGCAUGUCAUCCAUGAGUGGCGUGGGCCCAGUGGCCCACCCGGGCCCUGGGGCAGUGGGCAACGGCCACCUGGCCUGCCCCAUGCUGCCACCGCCACCACCAGCCCUGCCCUCGGCCACCUUGCCCAGCAGCGCACCGGCCACCAACGGGCAGGCGGCCGCCCCACUGCCCCCCAACGCAGCAGGGGGCCCGGAGAACACCAACGGGGUGCAGAUGCUGCGGACGAUUGGUGUGGGGAAGUACGAGUUCACGGACCCCUGGCACCCCAAAGAAAUGUUGAAGGAGUUGAACCAGCAACGCAGAGCGAAAGAGUUUACAGACCUGAAAAUUAUUGUUGAAGGCAAAGAGUUUGAAGUCCACCAAAAUGUUCUAGCUUCCUGCAGCUUGUAUUUCAAGGACCUGAUUAAAAGGUCACCACGAGACAGUAGCAGAAGCGGGGAGAAGCUGGAAUUGGCCAUGUCGAACCUCACUGCGGAUGUCCUGGAAUUACUCCUGGAGUUUGUUUAUACAGGUUCUUUGAUCAUAGAUUCAGCCAAUGCAAAAACCCUACUGGAAGCUGCCAGCAAGUUCCAGUUUCAUACUUUCUGUAAAGUCUGCGUUUCGUUUCUAGAAAAACAGCUGACUGCUAGCAACUGCUUAGGAAUAUUAGCCAUGGCUGAAGCCAUGCAGUGCACUGAACUAUACAACAUGGCCAAAGCGUAUGCCCUGCAGAUUUUCCCAGAGGUGGCAAACCAAGAAGAGAUCCUUAAUAUCUCAAAAGACGACUUCAUUUCUUACAUGUCCAAUGACAGCCUGAACACCAAAGCGGAGGAGCUGGUGUAUGAAACAGUGAUAAAGUGGAUUAAGAAAGACGCUGCAAUCAGAGCUCAGUAUGCUGCGGAGUUGCUGGCAGUGGUGCGUCUCCCCUUCAUCCAUCCCAGCUAUCUGCUAAAUGUUGUUGACAAUGAGGAGUUGAUAAAGUCUUCGGAGGCUUGCCGGGAUCUAGUGAACGAAGCCAAACGUUAUCACAUGCUGCCACACGCCCGACAAGAGAUGCAGACGCCGAGGACCCGGCCCAGGCUCUCUGCAGGUGUAGCUGAGGUAAUAGUCUUAGUUGGGGGUCGUCAGAUGAUUGGCAUGAAUCAGCGUGCUCUAACAGCAGUCACUUGCUUAAAUCCUCAAAACAACAAGUGGUACCCAUUGGCCAGCCUGCCCUUCUAUGAUCGAGAGUUUUUCAGCGUGGUCAGCGCUGGGGACAACAUCUAUCUCUCAGGGGGCAUGGAGUCGGGUGUCACGCUCGCUGAUGUCUGGUGUUACAUGUCCUUGCUCGAUAACUGGAACCUCGUGUCCCGCAUGACAGUCCCAAGGUGUCGACAUAACAGUCUGGUGUACGAUGGGAAAAUUUAUACCAUUGGAGGGGUCGGUGUGGCAGGCAACGUUGACCAUGUGGAAAGGUACGAUACGAUAACCAACCAGUGGGAGACCAUUGCUCCUCUGCCAAAGGCCGUCCAUUCGGCUGCUGCAACCGUUUGCGGUGGGAAGAUCUACGUCUUCGGUGGGGUGAACGAAGCCGGCCGAGCUGCGGGGGUCUUGCAGUCCUACAUCCCUCAGACUAAUUCGUGGAGUUUUAUAGAGUCUCCGAUGAUCGAUAACAAAUACGCUCCUGCAGUCACUCUCAAUGGGUUCAUCUUUAUUCUUGGAGGAGCUUAUGCACGAGCAACCACCAUCUAUGACCCAGAGAAAGGCAAUAUUAAAGCAGGUCCCAACAUGAACCACUCCAGGCAGUUCUGCAGUGCUGUGGUUCUGGAUGGAAAAAUUUAUGCCACUGGUGGGAUCGUUAGCAGCGAAGGACCUGCCCUGGGAAACAUGGAAGCCUACGACCCUAAAACAAAUACAUGGACACUUCUACCAAAUAUGCCCUGCCCUGUUUUUCGACACGGCUGCGUAGUAAUCAAGAAGUACAUUCAGAGCGGCUGA